AUGCGAGGCCCUUCGCCAGUGCCAGCAACGAACGCAACUACUGCUCGAGAAAGUGCCGUUGCUGCCUUCUAUGCCAAAUCAACAACUGAGAUUCCCCGAGCUAAAUCUGCUGUUGUGAACAACAAGCUGUCAUUUCCCCCCAUACCGCAGACGCAGCAGUGUCCAUACUGCGGCGUCAUUAUUGAAUUCAAGAACAAUACGAGACCAUUGCUAUGGCAAAAUCACGUUAUUGGGGACCUGGAGCCUUUCAUUUGUGUUUUUCCACAUUGCCUUGAGACAGAUCAUGAAGGGCACGAGACAAAUCCGCUCACAUUCGAAACGUCGAAAGCCUGGUCCAGCCACCUUCAGACAGCUCACGGGCACAUGUGGGAGUGCAGGUCUCCUUCUCACGAACCAAUCGUCUUUGAUCAAGAGGCUCGGUACCAGGAGCAUUCAAUCAAAGAGCACGGCGUGCCUGAAAACCGCGUCGCGAUCCUUAGCAAAGUGGCACGGAGGCUAGCUGUUGACAAAGUGUCAGAGUGUCCAUUUGGCGACGAUUUUCAAGCAACGGGACAAGUCGAUUUUAGCGCCGUUUUCUCGAGCGACGCUCUCCAGUCUCACGUUGCUGGUCAUAUGAAGGAAAUCGCUCUACUCGCACUUCAAAAACUUCCAAUUGAGGAGGACGAGGACGUGGAGAGCGUGGCCAGCGACCAACCUUUGGAGGAUGGUGGACAGAAUGAGGCUUCUGGAAUCACACGUGCAUCCAUGUACAGCAUUCUGGUCGAUGAGGACCUGGAUCCUGAAGAAUAUGAUGCUGAAGCCGCAGAUCUGAGACAAGAACACAGCGGAGAGACUAUCAGUGAACAUGUGGUAGCACUGAACCUGGAGGACAAAGACAACUUGGGAAUGACGAAGCUCCACCACGCGGUACAGAAUAACAAUUGUGACUUGGUCAGAACCCUGAUCCAGAGUGGCAUCAGCGUAAAUGCUAGAGACAUAAACGGCUAA